GCAGUGAUGAAAAGCUACCUUAACACCCAUUCCAUCGUCACAACAAAUACAACUGCCAGCCAGCAGUAACAAAGUUGGUUAAACAAACUUUGCAAAAGUGUCUCGUGAGUUUCGUCUUCGCGCUUUGUUUUAUUAAGUCUGUGUAAUUUAAUCUAUCAUACAUGUUUUGAGGUUAGAGUCUCCAAUUGACAUUUCAACAAUGACCUUUCGCAGUCUACCAAAUUUAAAAACAACUCCACAAUGUGUUUUAACAGUGUUAAUAGUAUUUUGUUAUGCAGUAUCAUUAACAAUAGGUGAAAAUGCGCCUGUUGAGAUUGAAAAACCAGAGGUUGCCAUAACAUCAACGAAACAUGAGGAGUCAACGGGAACAACUCCGGCUCAAGGGAGUCUGGGAUUUCUCCAUGCCUUCAUUGCAGCCCUCUCUGUUAUCGUUGUCUCAGAACUUGGUGAUAAAACAUUUUUCAUAGCUGCAAUUAUGGCCAUGAGACAUCCUCGAUUGACUGUUUUCAUUGGUGCUAUUAGUGCAUUAGCGCUCAUGACAAUACUUUCUGUGUUCUUUGGAUAUGUCGCUACUAUUAUACCCAGAGCCUACACGUAUUACAUAUCGACAGCUUUAUUCGCUCUCUUUGGGUUGAAGAUGUUGAAGGAUGGGUAUUAUAUGUCACCUACGGAGGGUCAGGAGGAGCUCGAGGAGGUGCAGUCUGAUCUGAGGAGACGAGAAGAUGAGCUGGAGAGGGAGGUGGGAGCUGCAGUAGUAACACAAGACCCUGAGACAGGUGUGAUACGGAAAACUCCGAAGACAACUGCUCUCAUGCUACUCUCACGAAUAUUCUUCCAAGCAUUCACACUGACAUUUCUCGCUGAAUGGGGCGAUCGAUCACAGCUGACGACGAUAAUUCUUGCUGCACGAGAGGAUAUUUAUGGAGUUAUUGUCGGCGGCAUUCUCGGCCAUUCGUUCUGCACUGGCCUUGCAGUACUCGGUGGCCGUAUGAUAGCUCAAAGGAUAUCCGUUCGAACGGUUACCAUCAUCGGUGGGAUUGUUUUCCUAGCCUUCGCCAUCACCGCCCUCUUCAUGGACCCCACAGAAAGUGUAUAAAUAAUAAUAUUCCAAACAGUGAGAGCAAACUAUGGUGAUGCCAGAAGUCAAACUGUACUCUGAUAUCUUUCAUCAUGUCAACCUGGAUAUGUAUUCCUACAGCUUAUUACCGUACAUCAAUAACUACUCCAUAGUAUUAGCGAGUUAUUGAACAGUACGUUCAAGUAUUUCGCUGGGAUCCAGUGUAAAGUGUAUAUUUUUAUAUUUCUAUUUUCAUUGAGAAUGAUUGUUUUUAGUUCCUUAACGAUGUUGCCUCUUGAACAGUCACUGGUAACGGCAGUACUGUGACAACUCAAUGUUGCGUGGAAUAGGAUAUGACAUUUGUAGAUAUGUGAAAAGAUUAAUUGCGGCGCAAUCUUAGACGCGUUAUCACUUACAGAUACGAGUGUUUGAAUUUCACAUUGAUGUACCUGUACUUCAUAAAUUUUUUUCCAUGAACAAGGAUUAUUGAAAAUAUGCAUGUAAAGUCAUUGUAAAUAAUUAAAUUCAAAUCCAAAUGUCA